CUUCGGGUAUUGUAAGAUCCCGAAGUCUAGACUCUUCCCUAAACGUUAUUUUAACUGGGUUUUACCACCAUGAUACUAUUCAAGAAUUAAAUUUACCUGAAUUUGAGGACAAAGAUGUGGUACUCGCUACUGGAAAUUUUCAUAUCGUUGAAGGCACAGGCCAAAACGAUGAAAAAUAUUCCAUAUUAAAAAUUACCUUAAACGAUGUUGUUCGUUUUAAUACCCUUGAUCCUAACAAUUUACCUGCAUUUCCGAUAUUAAUCAACAUGACGGCAUUAGUUCAAGAAGACCUGGAAAUUGAUAACGAAGAUGUAGUCAUUAAUGUUUUGACCAAAAAUUAUGUGGACCAAGGUUAUGUUAAUCUUAAACUAACAUGCUAUCAUCCCACUUCUGCACGAUAUUUAACAAAUACGACCGCUGCUAUAAAGAAAGAUUCUGUAAUCUAUAUUAACGGCGAACUCAUGAUAACCAAUGAUGAUAACAUAGUUCAUAUUCGUGCUCCACCAGAGUCAAAGGAAGCACCCGACGCAAAAAAAACCAUACCUACCGCUAAACCAUAUCUUAAAACCAACUCUCGUCCAAAGGUUACUGAUUUGGCAAAUGAUCUUCUAAAUAAACCUUCGGAUCCGAAUACAUCUAAUCAAACUGCUACUGAAUAA